GAAAAAAAAAACAUUGGAUCGCGAGAGAGAAAUUAGAGGAGAAUGAAUGAGCAAUCGACGCACUUCUUCAUUCCCAUCGAUUGACGCAAACGCUUUCCAAUUUCCAUAACAUCUCUGAUCUAUCAUUUCUCCCGCAACACAUUCGCAUCGAUCUUUUCCUGAUAAGCUCGAAAGCUUGGAGAGUAACCAGGAAGAUUCUAAAACUUGUUGUGGCAACUGGGAAGGAGGAAAUCCUUUCUAUAAUUCAAGCACAUAAUAAUAUCCUUCCCAUUAGAUGCUCGGAAAACUUUUAUAAGAUUGGCCACUGUUUGAUCUUCAUUCCUCAACUGUUAAAUCUCUGAACACUUUCAUUCCAGUAUGUCUCUAACAAGUGUUAGCGACAAGGAGGUGGAUAUCGUGAUCGGUGCUUUCCGAUCUGAUCUGACGUCUUUCAUGGAGGAAUGGCGACCUAUAUUCUCUCGAUUCCACUUAAUAAUCGUGAAAGAUCCGGAUCUUAAAGAGCUAAAACUUGCCGAAGGUUUUGACGUUCGUGUCUACACAGAGGCCGAUAUAGUCAAAGUCGUCGGUCCUUCUAAAAUCGCUCUGUUUUCCGGCUACUCCUGUCGCUAUUUCGGCUAUCUCGUUUCCGAUAAAAAGUAUAUUAUUUCAAUCGACGAUGACUGCACGCCGGCCAAAACAAACAACGGUGAUUUGGUAGACAUAGUCGCCGGACACAUCAACAACCUUAAAACUCCAGCGACUCCUUUCUUCUUCAAUACUCUCUACGAUCCGUAUCAGAAGGGAUCCGAUUUUGUUCGUGGAUACCCGUUUAGUCUACGUAGCGGCGUACCUUGUGCGAUUUCAUGUGGGCUUUGGCUUAAUGUAGCAGACUACGAUGCACCGACACAAGCGCUGAAACCAGAUCUGAAGAACACGAGGUAUGUCGAUGCUGUUUUGACUGUUCCUUCGAAGGCAAUGAUGCCGAUGAGUGGAAUCAACAUCGCGUUUGACCGGGAGCUGGUGGGCGCCGUCGUGAUGCCGGCGUUGAAGCUGAUGAAGGAAGGGAAGGUCCGGUGGGAGACGAUGGAGGAUAUAUGGUGUGGUCUUGUGGUGAAAGUGGUGUGUGAUCAUUUGCAGUUGGGUGUGAAAAGUGGGAUUCCGUAUGUUUGGCGGAACGAAAAGGGGAGUGCGGUGGAGAGUUUGAGGAAAGAGUGGGAAGGUGUGAAGCUGAUGGAGGAGGUGGUUCCGUUUUUUGAGACGUUGAAGUUGUCUCCGGAGGCAGUGACGGCGGAAGAUUGUGUGAUGGAGGUGGCUGCGGCGGUGAAGGAGCGGCUGGGAUCGUCAAAUGCGGUGUUUUCCGCUGCUGCUGAGACGAUGGUAGAAUGGGUAAAGCUCUGGAAUGCUGUCAGGUCCCAGGCUUAACUGUUUUUUCAUUUUUUUUUCUGACUGUCGGUUAUGUUAGGGUUCAUUUUGUUCUAAUAAGCACUUAAUAGACGUUUAAUUCUGGAGAAUUAAAAAGUGUAUUUGGCGUUUAGUUAAUUUCUUAUUUUGUUAAUCAACUAGACUUGAUAGUUAACACGUGAUCUUUGACUUGGACUUGGGUUUAGGAUCUAUAUAACGUUGUUGAUCAAA